UUCCCAACAGGACCAGCCCGCUGCUCAGGCAGCGCAGUGUGUAGUAGGAGCGAUAUCGGGGCCGUACAAAUUGUUCUGAGGAAAGUUGAUGGAACGUUUGGUUAUCUUUCGGAUCCUAGCGAAUCAUUAAAACUCAACAAAACUUCAUAUUGUUGGCUACACGAGGAUUCAUACUGACAAGACAUUAACUGUAUUUAUAUUCAAACUUUUUAAAGUGUCAGUGCAGUCAGUGGGCUGACGACCUAAGCUAGCUAGCGUAACGAAUGGGCUAGCUAACUAAAGGUUUGGAGAGCGAUUAAACUAACGUUAGCUAAACUUGCCAGCUAAAAGUUAGAUGAAAACGUAGCUCGGCUACCAACAAUGAUAUAGCUACUACUGUUGACGUAUGUUUCUGGUGUUAAACCCAAGUUUAUUUCGACCGAAUGUGCAGGUAACGUUACUAUUUUGGCACUUAAACUUCAUAGCCCGAUAGAUAAUUCAGGAGCUAACGUUAGCACAGCUACUGUAGGUAUGGUUUUUUUCUAGCUACUAAGCUAGCUAGCAGUAAUUGGGGCUUAUUUUUCACUGUCCGUAGUGAGACUGGGUCAACCUCCACGUACACCCCGAUAAGUAACUAGCUACAUAAAUGUGCUUUGUUCCUUCAAACAAGCGUAACUUUAUAGGUGGUUAGCUAGCUAGUCUUAGCACUCUAACUAGGUAACGUUACUAGCUAACUUAUUGAAUAGUUACGUUUCAGAAGUUGAUCCACAAAUAAACUUGACCAGAGUGGCGACGUGGAAAGUAGCAAACGUGUCUUACCAGGACAUUGGAAUACCAUGUUUUGCCCAUUUGGGAAGUCGUUCUGAACGAUUCACGAACAUUCCAAUGAGUGUAGAGGUCGUUUGAUUUUGCAGCAGCUUUGCACCCUAUGGUUCUGCUACAGACACCGAGAAAUGGAUGUUUCCAAGGCUGGUUUCCCAAACGGUGAGGGGCGACCAAAAGACACUGGAGAGCAUGACUGGACAGAUUCACCCACCGCAAGAGCUUGGGCUCAUUCUGCUCCCCUUUCCCGAUCGCUGUGGACGGCUGUGUUUGACUAUGGAAGUACUGGAGAAGACGAACUUAGUCUGCGGCGGGGGGACGUGGUUGAGGUCCUCUCGAAGGAUGCUGCGAUCUCGGGAGAUGAAGGAUGGUGGACGGGUAAAAUUAACCACCGAGUUGGGAUUUUCCCAGCAAAUUAUGUUACGUAUCAACCAGCAAUUUACAGACUUCCCGACGGUAGCACGGUAGGGGUGCGGGAGCGUCCGAGUACUCCCGUACAAAUAGAUUUUAGUGAACUCGUUUUAGAGGAAAUAAUCGGUGUCGGGGGAUUCGGUAAAGUUUACCGAGGGGCAUGGAAGGACCAAGAGGUCGCUGUAAAGGCAGCCCGACAGGAUCCUGACGAAGACAUUACUGCAACUUCGGACGGUGUUAAACAAGAGGCCAAGCUCUUCUCUAUGCUACAACAUCCCAAUAUAAUAAAACUUGAAGGUGUCUGCCUUGAGGAGCCGAACCUGUGCUUGGUGAUGGAAUAUGCUCGCGGAGGGACUCUUAACCGGGCUUUGACAGGUCGGAGGAUACCCCCACACAUUCUUGUCAACUGGGCUGUUCAAAUCGCCAGAGGCAUGCACUACUUACACGAGGAGGCUGUUGUGCCCAUUAUUCACCGUGACCUGAAAUCCUGCAACAUUUUGUUGCUUGAAAAAAUAGAGAACGAUGACAUUGGAAGGAAGACUUUGAAGAUCACAGACUUUGGCCUAGCCAGAGAGUGGCACAACACCACCAAGAUGAGUGCUGCUGGCACAUACUCAUGGAUGGCCCCCGAAGUCAUCAAGUCCUCCCUCUUCUCCAAAGGCAGCGAUGUCUGGAGUUAUGGGGUCCUGUUAUGGGAGUUGCUGACAGGAGAGGUGCCUUACCGUGGGAUUGAUGGGCUGGCUGUGGCCUAUGGUGUGGCUGUCAACAAGUUAACCCUCCCUAUUCCAUCCACCUGCCCAGAACCCUUCGCCAAGCUCAUGGAAGAGUGCUGGGAACAGGACCCCCACAUCCGGCCGUCGUUUGCCUCCAUCCUGGAGCAGCUGACAGCCAUAGAGGAGGCGGUGAUGGCCACUAUGCCCCAAGACUCCUUCCACUCCAUGCAGGAGGACUGGAGGGUGGAGAUCCAGGAGAUGUUUGACGAGCUCAGGACAAAAGAGAAGGAGCUGCGUUCGCGUGAGGAGGAGCUGACACGUGCGGCGCUGCAGCAGAAGUCCCACGAGGAGCUGCUGAAGAGGAGGGAGCAGCAGCUGGCGGAGCGGGAGAUCAACGUGCUGGAGAGGGAACUCAACAUCCUCAUCUUCCAGCUCAACAAGGACAAGCCCAACGUCAAGAAGAGGAAGGGCAAGUUCAAACGUAGCCGCCUCAAACUCAAGGACGGCAACCGCAUCAGCCUGCCGUCAGAUUUCCAGCACAAGAUCACGGUGCAGGCGUCACCCUCCAUGGACAAGAGGAGGAGUCUGAACAGCUCCAGUCCCCCCAGCAGCCCCACACUCAUACCCCGCCUCCGGGCCAUCCAGUUGUGUGCCCGCAUUGACAGUAUCCGAAGGGCCAGUAUGUAUGUGUAUCACCAGGAUGUGGAUAUCACCAGCGAGUGCCAGCCCUCUACUGGGUUUAGGAAGAAAGUGACUCUGGACGAGAGCAACAGGACAUGGGGACGAAGCACCAUCUACAAGCCGGAGGAGUUUGAUGAUGUCAAGAAGGGGAUUAAGAAGAAGGGGCGAACGUGGGGACCGAGCUCCGUUCAGACCAAGGAGCGGGGAAACUGUGCUGAAAGAGUGAGGCCACUGUCUGAUGGUAACAACCCCUGGUCCACCAGUCUGGUGAAGUCCCAGAAGUCAGUUCCGUUGGCUGCAUUGUUUGCAGAGCAGCAAGGGACCAAUAAAGAUGAAAUAUGCUCACCAGAUAGCUCGGACAAUAGCAAACCAAAGCAACUGAAGUUCCCCAAUCAGGUGUACAUCGAUCUACCUCUGUGGAAGGAUGAGCAGCAGCAGGGGGGUGAGGGGACGGCAGGAGUCUGCCCUGGGGAAGGCCUGGAGGACCCCAGCACCACCUCAGCCAGCUCCACCAGCACCACCCCCCAGCACACCCCCACCAACAGUCUGAAGAGGGCCUCAGCUCGCCGCCGGACAGAUACCGUGCUCUACGUCUGUGCCUCGAUGCUGGCCUCGGUGGGGCUGGGCUUCGACCUGCGUGACACACUCAAGGCCCCACCGGGAGACGACCCUGAGCCCCAGCCCAGUGUAGAGAAGAAGAAGAAAGAGGGUCUGUUCCAGCGCGCCACACGCUUCCGCCGCAGCACCAGCCCUCCUGGUGGACGUUCCUCCCGCAAGGAGGAAGCAGCCUUAUCCUUGUCGGCGGGCUCCCAAGGCCCUGUCAACCUCAUUUCCAUGUCCUCCAUCUCAGAGUGCAACUCCACCAAGUGCCUCCUGCAGUCGGACGCGGAGGGGCCUGAGCCCAUCCCUGUGAAGGUGGUAGACCCCAGAGCACAGCCCAACAGCAGCUCCCAGCCACAGGGUCCACAGGGGCCGGGUAGCAGGACUCAAGCUGAGGUCAAGCCCCUCCCCCAGCCUGCAGCCCCAGAGCAGACUCCGCCUCAGAGCAUGGGCUCUAGCCUCCGAAGGAAGAACUCGUCCGUCGUUCAGGACACUAAUGGUACAUCUGGCUGUCACACGACCUCGUCGGGACAGUCUUCCACCACGACCUCGUCGGGACAGUCUUCCACCACGACCUCGUCGGGACAGUCUUCCACCACGACCUCGUCGGGACAGUCUUCCACCACGACCUCUCAGAAGAAGUCUGACAGGGAGGACACCCCUGAGAGAGCAGCCAGUGGGGAGACUGUUGCUUCCAGACCCCGGCCUUUGUCCCUCCGGGGCAAACCCCACUCCUGGGGUCUCUUGAGGGGCCAAAACAAGAGCUACUCCCUGGGCCACUACUCUGGCGAGAAGAGCGCCAGAAGCCUCAACAUCGUCCUCUCUUCCGCUGAGGUCAAGAUGGACUGCUCUCUGCUGGACAUGGACACGGAGGGGCAGAAACGUGACUGCACCGUGCCCCUCUGCCGAAUUCAGAGCAGCCCCAGUCGCCCCUCCGUCUUUGAACUAGAGAAAAAGUUCUUGUCAUAGCAGAAAUAAGCUGCCUUAUUACCAGGGUACCAGAGCACAAUCUUUAAUGUUUGAGUUGGAUCAACAACUCUUAUUUGACAUUCCAGGGCAUUCCACUGCCCUCAUGGUUUUUUUACCUGAAUGUGGGCCACUGCUGCUUGAUGAUACCUGUGCUUUUUUAUUUAUAUCUGUAAUAUUUUGAUAGGUAAUUUAAUAUUGGGGGAAAAACAUAUUACAAUAGCAUCAGGUUGAUUGAACAACGAAGGAACACAUUCCAUUGUUUGUUGUUGCAAAAAUGGUCGCCAUUUCUACACACACACUAGUUUGGAUCGUGGCAUCUCAAGUUAGAAAAUGAUGCGUACUUUAAAAUGUCAAACAAUGUUAAUUUGCUUUUAUCUAUAAAUAUAUUUUUCUCCAAUUUGAUUUAAUGCUGGUUAUUAUUUUGUUUUCUAUUGAUUUUGUUCAUCGUUUCUAUUUUAUAAAUACCACAGUGUUUAUUUUAGGACAAGUUCUGUCCAAUGUCAGAGGUAAUAUUGAAUGUCUUAGGCUUAUCUUUGACUUCUGUCUGGAAGUCAACAUGUGGCUCAACUGACAGAUGUAGAGUAACAGUGCAACCAACAACACUGGAGAUCCUAGUCUCAACACUGAAACACUAAGCAAGGCCUGGUCAGCCACUACCUUACCACUAUACGACUAGACAAGCGUUAAACAACUGAACCAGUACCACUACUGUACAGACUAUUCAGCAUUAUUCGCUGCUAUGUUUUUUGUGGAAUAUGACCAUUUGGCUCGAAACCAAUUCACAUUGGGGCUUAGUCUACCUAGCUUCCUGUGCAAACACUAUUUUGAAGAACAAAGAGAUGGUGAUUGGAUGGGGGGAAAGUAUGAAGGUGUUUUAUUUGGCUUAUCAUAAAUGUAUAUUUUGUAUGAAUGGUUAUCAUUACAGUAUUGAUUAUUUCACACCUUUGUUCAUAAAGAUAAUGCCUAAAGAUGGAAUGACAUUUUGAAAAAACAUAUUCCAAUACUUGUUUGAGUAACAGUUAGGUGCAGUAUUCCUUAGCUUUUUGUUAAUAUGAAAAUGAUUGCUGACAGGAACUGCCUUCUUUUUGAUGCACCUAGACUAUACAAGUUGUUAUCGUCUAAAUAUUCAGUCCCAUGCAAGUCAUCAGUACCGAGCAACAUGUAAAACUGUCCUGUAAAUAUCCAUUGUACAGUAUUUUUGUUCGUCCCGUUUAUACUGUUUUCACAGAAUACUGAAAGUUAAUCUCCUUUUGUAGUACUGUUUUAAAUCUUGAGUACUUCUCUUUAUUUAAAUCAAUAUUCCUAAUGGAACAUCCCAGUCAGCUGUUGAAGUCAGUACAACUGGAAGAAUACCUUAUUUAAAAAAAAAAAUGUAAACACUGCCUUUGAGAUCACAUUGUCAUAGCAAGAGCAUUUAUGGGGUCCUUGCUAUCCUGACAUGUUAUGCCUGCCAUUAAUACAACAACUUUGAUAAGGCUUUCUUUUUCAUACGUUUUCAUAGCAUUGUGUUUGCUGUGCUUGGGAGAAGAACAGUACAAGAGAUUGAGACGACAGACAUUUACAGAUCUUUAGUUAUUUAUUUAUUUUUAAACCUGUUUUAUCACAUUUUGUUCACACCACAGAAUCCCAGUGCUGUUUUAUCCCCAUGUUAACAAUCACAGGCUUUAAGUAAUACAUCAGUUGACCUCAACCUUCUUUUAUACUUGAACCACUUCAAGAAUGGCUGAUUAGCAUGAUAGGUCUUUCAACCAGCAUGAAUCCUCAGAAACCCCCCACGUUCUUUCUGGAAAUGUAAAUCAACUCAAAAUGACCAUACUAAACAAACCUGAAUGCAUACCUUCAGAAAGUAUUUACACCCCUUGACUUUUUCAAAAUGUUUAGUCAAUUUAAAAUGGGUUCAAUUGAGAUUGGGUCACUGGCCUAUACCCAAUACCAUGUUUUUUAGAAAUGUUUGCAAAUUAAUUAAAAAUGAAAAGCUGAAAUAUCUUGAUACAACAAGUAUUCAACCCCUUUUAUGGCAAGCCUAAAUAAGUUCAGGAGUAAGUUGCAUGUGUGCAAUAGUAUUUGAAUGACUACCUCAUCUCUGUACCCCACACAUACAGAUAAUUGUAAGGUCCCUCAGUUGAGCAGUGAAUUUCAAACACAGAUUCAACCACAAAGACCAGAGGUUUUCCAAUGCCUCGCAAAGAAGGGCACUUAUUGGUAGACGGGUUUAAAAAAAAAAAGAAGCAGACAUUGAAUAUCAGUUUGAGCAUGGUGAAGUUAUUAAUUACACUUUGGAUGGUGUAUCAAUACACACAAUCACUACAAAGAUACAGGUGUCCUUCCUAACUCAAGUUGCUGGUGAGGAAGGAAACCGCUCAGGGAUUUCACCAUGAUAGGAGAAAACUGAGGAUGGAUCAACAACAUUGCAGUUACGCCACAUUAGUAACCUAAAUUACAAAGUGAAAAGAAAGCCUGUACAGAAGAAAAAAAAUCAAAAACAUGCAUUCUGUUUGCAAUAAGGCAUUAAAGUAAUACUGCAAAAAAUGUGGCAAAGGAAUUCAACUUUGUCCAGAAUACAAAAGUGUUCUUUUUUGGGAAAAUCCAGCAUCGCUGAGUACCACUCUUCAUAUUUUCAAACGGUGGUGGCUGCAUCAUGUUAUGAGUAUGCUUGGCAAAACUUGAACAUGACUAUCAAGCAAUGAUCAACAAUCAACUUGACAAGAGCUUGAAGAAUUGUUUUAAUAAUAAUAAUGUGCAAAUAUUGUACAAUCAAGGUGUGAAAAGCGCUUAGAGACUUACCCAGAAAGACUCACAGCUGUAAUCUUUGCCAAAGGUGAUUCUAACAUGUAUUAAGUCAGGGGUGUGAAUACUUAUGUAAAUCAGAUAUUUCUGUAUAGGGUAAUGUGUGAUUGUCAUCAAAACGUCACGCCAGGGUAAGCCUACACAGCCCUUAUUUGAAGUGUUUUUAAAAACCCUGAGAUAGACGUGAAUGAGCUCUGCUGUUGAUCUGCAGACUCUCUGUGUUGACGAGGGAGAAAACAACCUGUCUCCUAUGUUCCCAACACUUUCACCAAAGCUCAAAGUCGCUCACAUUCCAUGAGACAGAUUUUUUAUACUGUAUUUUUAAUCAGCCGUUUGGUUUGUGAAAUUAUGUAAAAGUAAAAUUGACAAAUGUAUUUUAUUAAAAAAGAAAGUUGUUGAUUUGUUAUGUAGUAUCCAUGUACAUACUUUUAUUUGUGACCUAGUGUAUGUAUUCUAGUUAUUUCCUGAAUGAAUCAUUUGUAUUGUGUUUUAAGGAAGUUAAUCCCAAGAAAUGGAAUACAUUGUAACAGAUUAUUUUCCUUCAUAGAUGAGGUUAAAUCUGUAAAACAUGAAAAUGUAUGAUUUAUAAAAACAAAAAAUCCUAUUAUACAUGUAUUAUACACACAUUUGAUGGUUAUAUGGUUAUCAAAAACCUGAAAACAUAUUGACAUUCUGUUACAAUUCAAAACAAUUUAAGUCAGAGCAUAAUAGUGAGAGUAAUUUUAUUCAGGGUUAAAACUGUUGCUGCAUGCGUAAGACUGAAUAAUGAAAUGUGAAAUAUAUGAUUCUGUCCCAUGUCAUGCUCCAUACAGGUUGGUGGAAACAGAACAAAUUUAUAGUGAUAUGAUGUUAAAGAUACAGUAUGAAGUAGGAUGUAUUCAUAAAGCGCGAUCAAAUGGACUGUCGAUCUUACACAAAAGGAUGUUGUAAGAGCUGAAAUUGCAAUUUAUGAAUUGUAGAUUUGAAUUGUUGUCUGAGAUGACUGUAGUAUAAGAAACAAUUAUUGUUCAUAUUUGUUUUGAAUUAUUAGUGUCCCUUGUGUAAAUCAACCUCAAUAAAGAUAUCCUCAAGGAAA